ACAUCUUUUUAGCCAUAAAUCAGUGAGCGGGGUCUGAAGGCAGCAGUCUGAUAGCUUUAUUUUGAAAGUUCUCAGCGGAUGCUUCCCCCCAUGGCGCACGCUUGGCUCCACUCUGAUGGAGGCAGAGUGCGUGUGUGUGUGAGAGAGAGAGGGUUUGAUCGGCGCUCUGACUCCGUGUAGCGCAGACGGAAUACUGAGGCGGCCCCUGCGGUGCGAGAAAACCGCUUCAUUCGGCUCCAAAGAGGAUUUUAAAUAAGGGGUUCGGGUUCGCGGCUAAGGAUCGCGGAUCUCUGUUCCAUUUCUAUCCCCUGCUGCGGGAUGAGACGCUGAGGACAGGGACGGAAGCACCGCUGGAAGGAGCCGCGUUGAGCUCGGCAACAAAGAGCGCGCAGGGAGGUUGCUGCUGCUGCCCGCUGAGGACGCGUCAAGUUAUUCCCAACAAGCAGAAAGUCGUCCUUUCCUCGCCAUGCCGCUCCGCAGGCUGCUCCGCGCCGCUUUCCCUCUGCUGCCGCUCCUCCUGCCGGCGAUCCUCAGGGCAAACGCUCAGUACGGCGGCGGGGAGCGAGGAAUGUCUAUCCCGGAGCACGGCUUCUGCCAGCCCAUCUCCAUCCCGCUGUGCACGGACAUCGCCUACAACGAGACCAUCAUGCCCAACCUGCUGGGCCACACGAGCCAGGACGACGCGGGCCUGGAGGUGCACCAGUUCUACCCGCUGGUGAAGGUGCAGUGCUCGCCGGACUUAAAGUUCUUCCUCUGCUCCAUGUACGCGCCCGUGUGCACGGUGCUGGAGCAGGCGCUGCCGCCCUGCCGCUCGCUGUGCAACCGCGCGCGGCAGGGCUGCGAGGCGCUCAUGAACAAGUUCGGCUUCCAGUGGCCCGACAGCCUCGCGUGCGAGAAGUUCCCGGUGCACGGCGCCGAGGAGCUGUGCGUGGGCCAGAACAUGACGGAACACGCGGAGCCCGAGAGGCCCGGAGGAGCCCACCCCACCAAGCACCUCCCGCCCGAGACCACGCACGGCCAGUUCCGGUGCCCGGCCUCGCUCACCGUGCCCCCCUACCUGAACUACCGCUUCCUCGGCCAGGAGAACUGCGGCGCGCCGUGCGAGCUGAAGAAGUCCCACGGAAUGAUGUACUUCAGCGAGGAGGAGCUGAAAUUCGCGCGGAUAUGGAUCGGGAUCUGGUCCAUCCUGUGUUGCGCUUCCACGCUGUCACGGUUGCUGACCUACCUGGUGGAUAUGAAGCGCUUCAGCUACCCGGAGCGGCCCAUAGUCUUCCUCUCCGGCUGCUACACCAUGGUGUCCGUCGCCUACAUUGCUGGAUUCCUGCUGGAAGACAAGGUGGUUUGCAACGACCGCUUCGACAACGACAUGAGGACCGUGGUGCAGGGCACCAAGAAGGAGGGCUGCACCAUCCUCUUCAUGAUGCUCUACUUCUUCAGCAUGGCCAGCUCCAUCUGGUGGGUCAUCCUGGCCCUCACCUGGUUCCUGGCCGCGGGGAUGAAGUGGGGCCACGAAGCCAUCGAGGCUAACUCCCAGUACUUCCACCUGGCGGCCUGGGCCGUUCCCGCCAUAAAGACCAUCACCAUCCUGGCGGUGGGUCAGGUGGACGGCGACGUGCUCAGCGGGGUCUGCUUCGUGGGCAUCAACAGCGUGGACGCGCUGCGCGGCUUCGUCCUGGCGCUCUUCGUCUACCUGUUCAUCGGCACCUCCUUCCUCCUGGCCGGGUUCGUGUCCCUCUUCCGCAUCCGGACCAUCAUGAAGCACGACGGCACCAAGACGGAGAAGCUGGAGAAGCUGAUGGUGCGCAUCGGGAUCUUCAGCGUGCUCUACACGGUGCCGGCCACCAUCGUCAUCGCCUGCUACUUCUACGAGCAGGCCUUCCGCGAGCGGUGGGAGAAGACGUGGGUCAGCCGGUCGUGCAAGACGUGCGUGCCGUGUCCCGUCCAGAGCCAGCGCGACAUGAGCCCGGACUUCACCGUCUUCAUGAUCAAAUACCUCAUGACUCUCAUAGUGGGCAUCACGUCGGGCUUCUGGAUCUGGUCCGGUAAGACGCUGACUCAUGGAGGAGGUUUUUACACGAGACUGGCCAACAGCAAGCAGGGGAAACCACCCCAGCCCAACCCUGAGCCUGAGGAGGCGAGCCGCGGCUCCUGGAGGCUUCACGCCGGCCGCGUAGGGCUGCAGGCGCGGCGUGAAUGGAAGAGCAGAGAGGAGCCCCGGGAACCCCCAACAGCCACUGUGCUUAAGCCCCAAGGAGCUGAGGCAACGAGCCGCAGGCUCCACCGGCAGCCAGCAACGCGGGAGCAGAUCCAGCAACGGGCCCAGAGACCAAAGGUCCAGGGGUACCCGGCCCCCAGCGGGACCCUGACAGAGCCACGGGACCCCUGCCCCCAAAGCAGCCGCCAGGAGUGA